GAGUAUGCAUCCUAUGGCCUGGUGCCUCCAGUUGAGCGAGAGGCAUGCCUGGAGCAUCCAGUGGAGACAGCGGUGAGAUGCACCCUGGAUGUUGCGCUCGGGUUGCUUCCACACCUCUUCGCGUCCGCGCACCCAUCAGGAAUGCUGCUGUGCAGCGCGACAAUUGACCCCACGCUGGUGGUGGGAGGAGUUACCGUCCUUGGCCUUGCCAUCACCCUGACAAAGGAUGAGAUUCUCCACCUUUUCCGACGUCAUGGUGUCGACCUGCAGAGCUUCUUCGCAGGUUUAUUUGCAGGCCGACAAUCUUUUGCAGAGGCAUACAGAGUGCUGGGCAAGAUCGGGGAGGGUGGUUACGGCGUCAUUCACCGAGUGCGGCACCGGCAGACAUCGAGAGUGUUUGCAGUGAAGGAAAUCCCAGCGACCAUGAAGGCUGAGCUUCAGAUCCUGCGAGACCUACAGCACACACAUGUUGCGAAGCUCCACGGAGCAUGGGAGGAGGGCAUGUGCAUCUACCUCGUGAUGGACCUCUACCAGCAGGACCUCUCUUGGAUGCUGAGGGCGGGCGCUGUGCCUGAAGAACGUGCGCUCUGUAUCUUCGAGCAGCUGAUGACUGCAGUCGCUUUCAUACAUAUGAAGGGUGUCUGCCACCGCGACAUUAAGCUUGCGAAUGUCAUGGUCCAAAGCACCCAGGACCUUCACGUCAGGCUUCUAGAUUUCGGUGCUGCGGCAUACUACAACAAGCGGCAGCUCACGACCACGGUCUUCACAGCACAGUUCGUGGCUCCGGAGAUGUUGGCAGGUGCGUAUGACCAUAGAAUAGACAUGUGGUCAAGCGGUGUCCUUCUGUUCUGGCUUCUGUCUGGCUGGCCACCCUUCUCCGGCGACAACUGCCAGAUCUUGCGCAGUGUGAAGAUCGCGAAAUGGCAGUUCGAGCCAGUGGCUGCAUGGCAGGGGAUUUCUGGCGUGGGCCGUUCGCUGGUCGCCAGCCUAAUGGUCAAGGAGGUGGAGACAAGGAUUGGGGCGGCUGAGGUUCUGCAGCAGAUGGCCGAAAGGUGCUGA